UUAAAUUAUCUUUGUAGCUGCAUCUUCCAAAAUUUUCGUACAUUCCUCUUGCCACCUUCUCUUUCAGAAUAUUGCCCAGUAGAAGGGCUGGGCUUUAAAUAUGGAAACUAUUUGGCUACAGAGGUCCAGUGGCGAGGUCCCCUGGGGAUUUCGUUUGCAAGGGGGACGUGAAUUCGCUCAGCCUUUAUCAGUACAGAAGGUAACACCAGGAAGUGUGGCAGGGAAUGUUCUCGUUCCUGGAGAUAUAGUUUUGAAGAUCGGUAACAACAACGUAACAAACGUUUCUCACAACGAAGGACAGGAUUUGAUAAGAUAUUCUGGAGAUCUUUUACAGUUAACGAUCAAAAGAUGUCCAAGAGUUGCAGCUAGUGCUCCAGUAAGUCCAACACCUAUGUCCCAGUAUAAUCAGUACUGCACACAAUCAGAAAGUCCCAGUUCUUUCAGGAGUUUGUCACCAGUCUCAGAUAACUAUCCUAUGUACCAACAAGGAUACCCUUAUCAACAAAGAAUGUACCCUGACGAACGUGACAGUCCUAGACAGUUUGCAUCAUUACCAAGACAUGCAGGCGGAUAUAGAAACUAUCAGGACCAAUAUGAACCUCAACAACCACGACGUGAAGAAUACAGCACACAGACUAUGCCAAAACCGACACCGUACCGCCCAAAUGCUGGAUUUCAGCAACCAUACAGUCAAAUGAGAAAUGCAAAUGAAAAUUACGGUCCAGGGUACAAUACAUCACCUUACAGUCGUGAACAACAGCAACAGGUCAUGUACGAUCCAUACCAGCCAGAUCCUUACCAGAACCGAUCACCAGGUCCAAACUUCAGUCCUGGUCCUCCUGGAUAUGGCAUAGCACCACCAACUUACGGAGAAACACAACAAAGAAGAGGAAGUAAUACAAGUGGUCCAUCUUACUCAAGACAAACAUCAUCAAAUAUGUAUCAAAAUCAGAACGUUCCCUCGUAUGACUCUCAGCCAGGUAAUAAUGGAUAUUAUGUAAAUUCUAAUUACAAUGAAUCACAGUCGCCAUACCAACGUCAAGACUCAGGCAUUAGAUCUUACAAUGGGUACGAACAUCAGCGACCUGAUGAUAAUCAACAAAGAAGUUAUCAGUCUAAUGAUACAUCUCUUCAGAGGCAAACAUCUACAGGAUAUCAACGUCAGCCAUCUUACGAACAGCAUCCCCAGGUACAUGAUGGACGACAGGUUGUACAAGUAAGUAGGAUUAACGCUUUCCCUAGUGGACUUCAACAACAACAACAAACACCACCAUCACCUCCAGUUCGGGAGGAGUCGCGACCGAAUUAUCAAAGACAGACUUCUGGAGGCUCAUUUCCGAAAGCUCCUGUAUACGAAGCUAAAAUAUGUUCCGCCGGUACUCCAUCGGAAGGUUAUUUAACGAAAGAUAAUAAUGAAGUGAACCAGAAUUAUAGAAAUCAAAACAAAAUUUUGACUCCUAAAAAGAGUAGUGUACCAACUGGAAUAAGUAGUAUUGAGGAUAUAUUAUCACCGUUUGAAAAAUUUCCAAAUUAUUAUAACGAGUUUAUUAAACAAUCAAAUGAACCGAAACAAGAAACCGAUAGUGGGGUUGCUUCAGAUAUAUCGGAACCACCACGUGGUUUCGGAUCGCCAUUAAGCACAUCAUCAGAUCUUCGUCCUAGUCCUACAUACCAGGAAAGUGUCUCUGACAAUCAGAUGAAUCAACUGAAUACUGUUUACAGUCCCAUGAGCCCGAUGAGGGAGGACUUUUCUCAAACACCCUCGUCGCCUCAAGUAUCGGCGGCACCUGCACCACCACCACCGCCGCCUCCACCACCAUUGCCACCACCUUCAGACUUUGCACCACCACCGCCACCACCACCACCUCUCCCAGUUCUCCCAUUACCCGGCGCAUGGUCUCUUCCAAAACGGAAAAUACAGCCACCUUCUGAGGAACCAACUGGAGAUCAACAAAGGGUUCCAGAUGCAGUUCUAAAUACCAUGAUGAAGCAACAAGGCAGUGGUCAGCCUAAACCUUUUGCAUAUUUUACGGGUGGUAUUGAUCUGAAAGAAUUUAAGAAACGAAAUCGUCCACCACCGAAGGUAAUGCCAAAGGGCUACAAAGGUCCAACUGUAGAUGAGGAAGCUGAAGUGGCUUAUAGUAAGCCAAAACCAGUUAAGAAUCCACCACAACAAGGCCCAUAUAAACAUGUGCAAUAUAAUAACCCGAUAAAUGUAUACUCUAAGGAUAAUGCGGAACAGCAACUGAGAACACAGAGUCAAGGUUCAGUUACUGCGGUGUCUGGCCGGCGUACACGUAGACAUUCUGAAUCAAGUACUCCCCAAUUUAACUACAUUGUACCGAUGAGGACUAUUCGAAUGCCAGAUAAACCAGCAGCAGACAUAGAAAACUCCGCGGUGUAUAAAAUGAUAAAGGAGAGCGAAUCUUCAGGUAAGAGUAGCGUCCUCUUAACUCCAGACCGAGAAGGUCCUCAAAGGAAGCAGGGAUUAUCAUUCCUUCUGUUACAAACUCUGUAUGACAAUGAAAUGGAGGAGAAUAAAACAGAGACAAACACGGAGUGUGCUCCUCGUCAAAAACAUCCACCAAGAGAUCCUCUUUUACGACACAAUUCUAUAGACGAUGAAAUGACGUUUUCUGGAUUGAAUAAGAAGACUGACAUCCCUUCAAAAGCGUUCAGAAAGUUGACACGUAUAUCAAACCAAGAUGAUACUGAGCUAAAUGGUCAACAGCAAUAUCAACAAGACGCUUAUGAUAAAUAUCGUGAUGAUGACGAAGAGGAAAGCUCUAUUGGUAAAUACGAGCAGGGAUCGAUACGAUAUACUGGAAAACACAUACCUUCCCCAUCAUUUAGAGUUCUCCAGCGAUUAGCUAAAUGUCAGGAUGAUGACCAACCAGCUGCUGAACCCAUAAAACAACAAAGGGACGAGGAUGAUCUGCCUUCUGAUGAAGAUGAUGGACUUCCAGAUACACUUAGUGGGGAGGAGUUGACGAAUAAGCGUUAUAUGGGCGGACAUAUUCCUUCACGGUCAUUUAAGUAUUUACAGAUGUCUGUUGGUGAUACAGGAGCACAGAAUGGUUCUGUGGAGCAGUCAAGAGAGGCAACUCCACCACAAAGAACACCCGCUGGAACCGGAAGAACUCUCAAAAUAAUAACCAGAAGUACGGCUGUUAAGCCUCAACAACAGCAAGAAGAUACACCAAGCACAGACUUUUAAACAAAGAUAUUGUUGAUGAGAAGAAAUACGGAUUUCAAAUAGUGCAAUAAAGACAUACCAGCAUCUGAAUCAAAAACACGUUUUGUUUAAUAUAUCCGGAUUUAAGAUAAAGAAACGGUAUAUAUUAACCGGUUAUUUUUUAUAUUUGAUGUGUCAUAUUCAGUGCGCUCAUUCAUUAGUAAUAGUAAAAAUAGUUCUACUUGCAUAUUGUGCUGUAGAACUUUUUUUUUCUUUUUUAAUGUGUUUCGACAAUAUUGAUAUAAACAUGAACAUGCCUUAUUUAAUCUUUAAGUUACACUCACAGCAACAAUAUUAGUUGUAUAUUAUGAUUAUCUAUUGCAUUUUGAUUAUAGUAUUAAGAAUUUAGUCAUUAAGCCCAUACCGAGAAUUCAAUCGAGUAUUAGCAAAUGUAUUUAUAGAAAAUGAAGGAACUCUUAGAAAUGUAUGUUUCAGUGGUACACUGAAGGUUUUGCACAAAUAAUUCCACAAACUUGUUCUCGAAUCAAACUAUGAGAUAGACUUCUUCUCUGCCACUCGAACUGCACUACAGUUUCUUUCAUAAUUGCUUUCCAGUUUUCAGACAUUACAGAGUUGAAUAAACUUUUACUGUAAAUCUUUUGUAUUUGUCAAUACGUUUGCUUUGUUUCAUGUGACAUUUUGUGAUAUAUAAGUUUUGAAGAAUUUUAUUUUUAGUGAAAUGGUGUGAAUGUCAUGUUUAUUUAUUUAAUUAGAUAUUUUAUUUAUUGACAUGGAUUCAGAUAUUACAUGUAUGUGAUAAUAUUAUGUAAAUGUUCUCACUGAUGAAUACCGUUUGUUGAAAGUGUUCCAUUGUAAAAUUUAACGAACCAUUCUAAUCCUUUUGAACUAAUAAUUGAGGUAGGAGUUAUGAAUUUUGAUGGAGUUGAUAAUCGUAAUUUUGAAACACUGGGUGUGUUGAAGAGUUCAAUUCAGUAUUCGCCCUUCAUAUAAAGCAGAAAAGAAUUGUUAUUCUACAGUUGUCGAAGGUUUUGCCUAAAUAGGGAAUGGUAUACAGCUGUAAGUAGUUUUAUUUUAUUUAGUUAACUCAAAUAUGUUUUUUAAACUAGAAUUAUGUGAAAAAUUUGACACAAUAGACGUACGGUGAAAAAAUUGUAAUUUCAAUGUUUGGUUGAAGAAACAUAUCUUUCGAAACUGAAAUAAUUAGCAAUUAUUUUGUAAUUUUCAGUAUACCUAGGAUUUGAAUGGUUAUAAUAUCACAUUUUCGGUUAUCUUUCUUAGAACCCAAAUUUGUUAUGCAAGUCUUUCCUACAAACAGUAGAACUAUUGUGUUUGUGUAUUUUCAUUAAUAAAAUGCUUGACAGUA